AUGGUAGAAUCUGACCGUACCUCCUUGCUACAACCUGUUCGUAAUGCUUUGAAUCCGGAAUUAUCCGAAGGUUUGCCAGCUUACGUUGGUGCCGAGGUGGCAGAAACGGAACACUUGUUGGAGAGUGAGGAUGAAGCUCGUGAAGGAUUACAGGUUUCUGAAAUGUCUCGCGCAAGACUUCAUAUCAUCAUAUCAUCAAUGUGUUUGGGAUCUUUCUUGGCAGCUCUGGAUAAUACUAUCGUAACCACCUUGCUUUCCCAUAUUGCCUCAGAAUUUAAUGAAUUAUCACAUAUAUCCUGGAUUGCCACGGCGUACUUGUUGAGUAGUGCCACAUUUCAACCGUUAUAUGGGAAAAUUUCUGAUAUCUUUGGUAGGAGGCCCUUGAUUAUUAUCAGUAAUCUAUUCUUCAUUCUCGGAUGCUUAAUAUGUGGACUAUCCAAAAAUCUGUGGACCUUGGUGGCAGGUAGAUUUAUUGCUGGUAUUGGUGGAGGUGGUGUCACCUCCUUGGGAAGUAUCACUGCCAGUGAUAUUGUCCCACUAAGAUCUAGAGCACUUUAUCAAGGUAUCUUCAACUUCUUCUUUGGCCUUGGUAUUGCCAUUGGAGGUCUUAUUGGAGGUUGGUUUAGUGAAAGUAAAAAUGGAUGGAGAAUGGCAUUUUUGGUGCAAGUACCACUGUGUGCUAUCAGUUUAGUACUUAUUAUCAUAUUUUUGAAAUUACCACCUGGUUGCAAGGGAUUGGGUCUUGUUUCUAAUGAUAAGGAUGGUAAAGUUGAUAUUAAAGACAAACUAAAGAGAAUUGACUGGCUCGGUUCCUUAUCAUUAGUCACUUUCUUAUUCGCAUUCAUGUUAGCCAGUUCCCUGGGUGGUAAAGAGAUUCCUUACAACAGUAAUAUUUUCAAGUUACUAGUAGUAGCAACUAUUUUAUCAGGAACUGCUUUCAUUUACGUUGAGCUCUACAUCUCAGAUGAUCCCAUCUUGCCGAUCAGAUUUUUGACUAACAGAAGUAUACUUGGCGCAUCUUUCGCGAAUUGGUUCUGUAUGAUGAGUGGUGUCACUCUAGCGUUCUAUGUACCUGUUUAUUGGUCCAGCGUUCAGAAUCUCAAGCCUACAGAUAUGGGUAAACGUAUAGCACCAAAUUUCUUCAGUACUGCGUUCGGUUCAAUCGGAGCUGGAUACUACAUGAAAAAGACUGGCCGUUACUACGGGUUCCUAUUGAAAUUUACCGGUCUAAUGGUCCUUGGGCAACUACAAGUGUUGCUAAUGAAGCCCGAUAUCAGCACAUGGAGACAGUACAUCUUGCUCCCAUUACCUCACUUUGGAUCUUCUGUCUUGAUAACGGUUACACUUCUUGCCAUGAUUGCAGCGGUUCCACAUGAACACCAAGCCGCUACCACGUCAAUUUCCUACGCUUUCAGAUCAACUGGUAGUACACUUGGUGUGUCCGUAGGCGCUGCUUUGUUCAGAAACAAGCUCUCUGGAUCAUUGUUUGAUUCUGUCAUGAAAUUCGAAUCGGACAAAUACUCCAAGGAAUAUCUACUAUCUAUUAUAAAGCAAGCAAGUGAAUCCUCUGAAUACGUCCAUGCCAACGCACCGAAAUUUAUCCAGGCCACUUUGAUUCAAUGUUACGAGCAAGCUUGCAAAUCAACAUUCGCAUUCUGUUUCCUAAUUUCGAUUUUCGCUUGGAUUUCUUGCGGAGUAAUCAAGGAAUACAAACUACAUACCUCGAUGGAACGCAAAUAG